CGUGUGUGAGUGAGUGUGAGAGAGAGAAGCACUUUCGAGCGAGUGAGCCACUGAACUUCAAAGGAGACAGAAAUCGAGAUAGAUGUUUUUUUUACAUUCAAAGAGAGAGAGAGAGAGAGAACACGAAAAUGACCGUGAGAGAUAGAGAGACGUUCAUGUCGACAUUGAGAGAGAGGGUGAGGAGAAAUGAAGCAAGGUAGACGCACACAUACACUGUCAGACUCACUCGUAGAGAGGUGACAGUACUACCGUCGUGAAAGCGGUCUACACGAUACAUCGACAAUCUCGUACGGUAGCGUGUUAGUGUACUUUAGUAGUUGUACAGCGUAGGUACGUGUGCGCGCGUGGGUGUCUACGCGCGUAUGCGUCCGGGCGGAUGUUUGGAGCAGGAACCCGGCUGCGUUUUCUUCACGGACCUUCUUCUUCUUCUUCUUCUUCUUGCGGGACUUCCAGCUCGGUGGUGCGGGGUGACAGCCUCUCGGCGUCGGCACGGCGGCGGAGCGCGAUGGGGGGCUCACGGACGAGCGAGGACAACAGCACUUUAGCGGCGUCCUAAGCGCCGCUCACCGGGGGACCGGUGAACGGGGCAAGCGGGGCGACCGCCCGAGGCGAAACGGGGGAGCCAGGUCGGGGCAAAGGCGUUGGAGGAGCCGCUCCUGUCCCGUCCCGUCCUGUCCUGUCCUGUCCUGUCCUGUCCUGUCCCGCCUCUACUCCACUUGCGCUUGUUUGCCGGGAGGGCUUCGUUCGGAUGGAGCCAGUCCCGCUUGCGGUGGUCGCCAAGAUGCGCUGCUUGACGCUGCUGCUGGCCGGCUUGAGCGUGUGGGCCAAGGUGGGCUUUUGCGUGGACUACGACGACCGCGAUUACGAGUACUACGACGACGACAGGCCGGACGCCAUCGACUACAAGGACCCCUGCAAAGCUGCUGCAUUCUGGGGUGACAUCGCCUUAGAUGAGGAAGACCUUGGCAUGUUCCAGAUCGACAGGACCGUAGACCUGAUGCCCACCCUGCCGGGACACACGUCGGGGGGCGUGGAGGAGCACCGAGUAGCGAAAAAGAGAGCCUCGUUGUACCUACUCCUGGAGAGGAUACGAAAUUUCGGCUUGGACUUUCUCCCGACAAACUCCAGUCACAAGAUGCAAAGCGUCAAAAGCCUCAAAAGAGGAUACGCCAGCAAGAACCGCUUUCCUCGAGCAGCCACCUCGCGAGCCGAGAGGAUCUGGCCCGGGGGGGUCAUUCCCUACGUCAUUGGCGGGAACUUCACCGGGAAUCAGAGGGCCAUGUUCAAGCAGGCCAUGCGUCACUGGGAGAAACAAACCUGUGUGACUUUCAUUGAGAAGACCGAUGAGGAAAGCUACAUCGUGUUCACCUACAGACCAUGUGGGUGUUGCUCUUACGUGGGUCGCCGCGGCAACGGGCCCCAGGCCAUCUCCAUCGGAAAGAACUGCGACAAGUUUGGCAUCGUGGUGCACGAGUUGGGCCACGUCAUCGGAUUCUGGCACGAGCACACUCGCCCCGACCGUGACAACCACGUCACCAUCAUACGUGACAACAUCCAACCAGGUCAGGAGUACAACUUCCUGAAAAUGGAGCCGGGUGAGGUGAACUCUCUGGGCGAGCCGUACGACUUUGACAGCAUCAUGCACUACGCCAGGAACACCUUUUCACGGGGGAUGUUCCUUGACACCAUUCUUCCAUCCAGGGAUGAAAAUGGCAUCCGGCCUGCAAUUGGCCAGCGGACUCGACUCAGUAAAGGAGACAUUGCGCAGGCAAGGAAGCUCUAUCGAUGUCCAGCGUGCGGAGGGACACUGCAAGACUCCACAGGCAACUUUUCAUCUCCCGGUUACCCCAACGGAUACCCAUCAUACACUCACUGCGUGUGGAGAAUAUCGGUUACACCUGGAGAAAAGAUCGUGCUCAACUUCACCACCAUGGACCUGUACAAGAGCAGCCUGUGUUGGUACGACUACAUGGAGGUGCGCGACGGCUACUGGAGGAAAGCUCCUCUGCUGGGCAGGUUCUGCGGAGACAAACUUCCUGACGUCCUGACCUCCUCCGACAGUAGAAUAUGGAUAGAAUUCCGGAGCAGCAGCAACUGGGUGGGGAAAGGCUUUGCUGCCAUUUAUGAAGCUAUCUGCGGCGGCGACAUCAACAAAGACUCGGGACAGAUCCAGUCCCCCAACUACCCCGACGAUUACCGGCCAUCCAAGGAGUGCGUGUGGAGGAUCACCGUGUCGGAGGGAUACAACGUGGGCCUCAGCUUCCAAGCCUUCGAGAUCGAGCGACACGACAGCUGCGCGUACGACUACCUGGAGGUGCGUGACGGCCCCCUGGAAACAAGCCCUCUGAUUGGUCGAUUCUGCGGCUACGAAAAACCCGAGGACGUGCGCUCCUCCGCGCACACGCUCUGGAUGAAGUUUGUAUCGGACGGCACGGUCAACAAGGCGGGCUUCGCCGCCAACUUCUUCAAGGAGGAGGACGAGUGUUCCAAACCGGACAACGGCGGCUGUGAGCAGAGAUGUGUCAAUACCCUGGGCAGCUUCAAGUGCGUCUGCGAUCCGGGCUACGAACUAGCGCCCGACAAAAAGAGCUGCGAAGCGGCGUGCGGGGGUCUGCUGUCCAAGCUGAACGGCACCAUAAGCACGCCGGGCUGGCCCAAAGAGUACCCACCCAACAAGAACUGCAUAUGGCACGUGGUGGCCCCUACGCAGUAUCGCAUCUCCAUGCAGUUUGAGGCUUUUGAGCUGGAGGGUAACGAGGUGUGUAAGUACGACUACGUCGAGGUGCGCAGCGGCCUUUCGCCCGACUCCAAGCUACACGGGAAAUACUGCGGCACCGAGGUCCCUGAAGUCAUCACGUCGCAGUAUAACAACAUGAGGAUCGAGUUCAAGUCGGAUAACACCGUGUCCAAGAAAGGUUUCAAGGCCCAUUUCUUCUCAGACAAGGACGAGUGCAGCAAGGACAACGGCGGCUGCCAGCACGAGUGCGUCAACACGGUGGGCUCGUACGUGUGCCAGUGUCGCCACGGCUUCGUGCUGCACGAGAACAAGCACGACUGCAAGGAAGCCGAGUGCGAGCACAAGAUCCACAGCCCCAGCGGCAGCCUGAGCAGCCCCAACUGGCCCGACAAGUACCCCAGCCGCAAGGAGUGCACCUGGGACAUCACGGCCACGCCGGGACACCGCGUCAGGAUCACGUUCAGCGAGUUCGAGAUCGAGCAGCACCAAGAGUGCGCCUACGAUCACCUGGAGGCCUUCGACGGCGACGACGACGCUGCCGCCAUCUUGGGGCGGUUAUGCGGCAGUAAGGUUCCCGAGCCGCUGGUGUCCACCGCCAACCGGAUGUACCUCAGAUUCAUCUCCGACGCCUCCGUGCAGCGGAAGGGCUUCCAGGCCAGUCACGCCACCGAGUGCGGCGGUCGUCUGAAGGCGGAUGCCCGGCAGAAGAAUUUGUACUCGCACGCCCAGUUCGGGGACAACAACUACCCGGGCCACAGCGACUGCGAGUGGCUGCUGACGGCCGAGCAGGGCUACGGCAUCGAGCUCAGUUUCAUCACCUUCGAGGUGGAGGAGGAGGCCGACUGCGGGUACGACUUCAUCGAACUAUACAACGGCUACGACGCAGACUCGCACAGGCUCGGACGGUUCUGCGGCUCGGGGCCCAGGGAAGGAAUCUACUCGCCCAGCGACGCCUUGCUGAUCCGUUUCCAUAGCGAUGACACCAUCAGCAAGAAGGGCUUCCACCUCCGUUACUCCAGCACUAAGUUCCAGGAGAGCCUUCACGCCAGGAAAUAACCUCCCGAAAACCUCCUCGUCCCGUGGACGUGGACAGCGAUACCUCUACCAGGAAGAACGCCACGGUGGAAUUACCCGGAGAAUUCCAAACGUUUGUCGCGGACAUCAAAGCUGCUCGUUGGAUGCAGGAUAACAAACUGCAGAUGAACUAAAGAACCUAAAAAAAAUCGAAAAUGCAUUGAGCAUUUAAGCAUCCUCCAUUCUUGAACUGUACAGAUUAUUGCAAGACUAUUGAUUUUAUUGUUAUAUUUUUCCCCAUUUACCACCUCCAAGAUGGCUUCAGAUGCCUUGCUCCAGACUCCUGUGUGUGUCUGUGUGUGUCUGUGUGUGUGUGUGUGUACCCAUACAGAAAAAAGAUACAUGAAAAAAAGCAAUCGGACCUGAAAUCCAGUGCAACUGCCUGACUGGCUUUGCAGUUCCACAACAGUCCUGUAGGUGGUGGUAAUGCGCUUAACAAACUGGGUGCUAAGAGUUUUUUUUCACCACAGCUGCAUCUAGUAGGUCACUCAGAUAUUUAGCUUCAUUGAAAACAGACUGGUAUCUGGUUUGUCAUUGGCCCUCCAAUGUUAGCAAAAAAAAAAAGAGGGGGGGGGGGUGCCGGAACCCACCACCACCACCAAUCAAACCCCCUGCUUCCCUUUGGCUCGACAGUGAUGCAUGUAUAUAAGAAGAAGAGUCCAAUGGCCAAAAUUGUGGAAAAAUACAUCGAGUGGAUAUACAAAAUCUACUUCCCCCUAUUCAAAUGCCAGUUUUUUUGUGGUACGCUGGCAAGGUGUGACUUUGAAAAUGUCAGGAAAGCCUUCUAGAAACAGCUGGCUUUUGGGGGAGGCAAAUCAGAGGCACUUUCAAUAGUGGCAGCUGUGUGCCGACUCCCACUUAAAAUGAGUUUAAAUGUGAUUGGUUCAUUCAGAACAGCUACAUCCCAAUUUAGAAGUGGGGUGUGCACACUUGUGCAACCACAUAAUGUUAGCUAUGAAUUUUUACUUCCCCUCUGUUACUUUUUGCUUCAAAUUUUAAAUUGAGUUGCACAGGUCAUAGCUCAAUUUCAACAAGGGUGUGUAUGUAGACUUUUUAUAUCCACUGGACUGUCCCAAUUGGCCCCAAUGUAAGCAGACUGUCACGACCCCCCCCCCCAAAAAAAAAAACAUACAUUUUGGUGGGUUACUGUUUUCACUUGGCCCCAAUACAGGCAGUGUAAUCCCAUGCAGUUCCACUCCAGUCCUGCAGGUGGUAGCACUGUGUAUUACCCCCAUUUUCUGGAUCUGUCAGGUCACUGUUCCACUUGGCAACCAUACAAGUACUGUAGUCUCAAAAAACAAUUCAACCACACAAUAAAAUGUAACAGUUUCUGGGUUAGCGUAUGUAUUUGUACGUAAUCGUGUUAACUAACAGACAAAGUGCAAUGAAAAUGUAGCAUGAUUCAGAUUUUAGAGGUGACAAAUGGACAAAAGGAACCGUUUCAUUCACUGCCCCCCCUCGUCAUUUUUUUUUUGUGGUGGAUAUAAGGAAGGGAAUAUCUGUGGGCAUGACGGGCAAGGAAACGUUCCCAUUGGUGCUACAGGGACUGACAGAAUGGACAGCACUAGUCCUGUGGAACUACUUUAUUGCCUUAGAUGCUGGGACGCUUUGGUGUGUCAUGUUUUCAUGUUUUAAUGCUUUUGAGUAUUCCCCCC